AUGUAUGCUUCAUCCACAUCACCCAUACAUAUGAAUCCGUCUUCAAGAAGGAAUUCGUUGACUUCGGUAUCGACUUCAAAUUCCUCCUAUACCCUAACCAAUUCGUCGACAAAUUUAAACUCGGCUCGCGAUUUAUCCACUGAUAAUCUCUUAAAUAUGGAUGAAAAAUUUCAAAAAAAAUCAAUAAAACCUUCCUCAAAUCCCUUGAGUCCCAAUUUAAAUUCAAUCCCGUCAUUUCAAAAUCAUCAACCUCAUCAUCAACCUCAGUCAUAUCAACAACAACAACAACAUCAACAUCAAACCCAACAAAAACCUCAUCCUCGCAGAUCAAUGUCGUCUCCGGCACUAUACCAAACCGCAAAUGGGUUUCGUAAAACCGAUGCUGGCACUUAUUAUUUCCCAAAUGGUGAAAUCUUCAGACCCAGAAUGGCCCCUGCUAAAAGAAAUAGACCGAGUAAAUUGAAUAAGCCAAAUUCAAGAUCAAAUUCUUUAACUAAUUAUGCAUACGACAAACAAAAUGACCGUUCAAAUAGCUUACCUCAACAACCAAUCAUGUCUUCACCGGCCCCGAUUUCUGCUCCUCCUCCCACUGCUAAUUCUCAACCAAAUAUACCAAGAAAUCAUUCCUUUAAUAAUUUAAAAUCAAAAUCAAAAAAUGAUCUAGUUCAUUCUCUAAGAUCAAACAAAUUAGAUACUCCUACCAAUUUAAACUUAUCUACAAAUAUUGAAAAUCAUCAAAGAACUAAAUCCAUUAGUUCUCAAAAUUCCCAAUUUUCUCAACAUUCCCCCAUAAUAAACCAACAUUAUUAUCAAACUUCUCCUACAAAUAAAUUCAUUCAUAAUUCAAAUAAUCUAAUUAAAGAUGAUAUAAAUGAUCAAACUAUUUAUUUGAAUCCUUCAACCACUGCUGGAACCGCUUCUCAUAGUGCUGCUAAUCUUUCAAAUAGAAAUAAGUCAAAUACUACUUUGACUGAUUCAAACCCUUCAUCUUUAUCGAAUUUUAAUCUAAAUAGAUCAUCUUCAAACACUCCUCAAACUUCAAUCAAUGAUCAAGAUGAUUCUUCUACUUCAAACCUGUUGGAAUCAAUCAAAGAAAUCAAGAACGAAUUGAAAACUGUCGAUUCUAAUAAACAUAAUACAAUCGAAGAAGAAUUAAAAGAUCAAAAAUUGAAGCAAAAUAAUGCUGAUGAGGAUAUCGAUCCAAUCGAAAAGAGAAACUACAAUCAAGAUCUUGUCAAAGAACAAAUUAUUGACAAUGAAAAAAAUGUCAUUUCUGAAAAUAAGGAUGAAAAUCACAUUUCUCAAGAAAAAAUUACUAAGCCUUAUCAAGAUAAUGAAAAUAAGAAUGAAUCGUUCGAAAAAAAUAGUCAAGUUCCUAAGCGUAUAGAUGAUGCUCUAGAACAAAACGAAAACCAUAAUAUGAAACAUGAUGAAAUCAAAAAUGAUCAGGAUUCAUCAAUACCGAAUAAAUCAAUUAAUGAAUCUAAUGAAAAUAACGCUAAUUCUAAUGAACAAAGUGAUGAUGAUGAAGAAUAUCAUAGUCCAUUUGAUGGAGACAAUGAUCAAACUAUAGAUUUACUCAAAAAAUCAUUAAAUAAUCCUGGUAAUGACAAAAAUCAAUAUGAAAAAGACCAAUCUGAAAAAGAUCAACCUGAAAAGGAUCAACCUGAAAAAGAUCAAUCUGAAAAAGAUCAAGAUGAUAAAGAUGAAGCUGGAAAAGAUCAAGAAGAUAAAGAUCAAGUCGAUAAAGAUCAAGUCGAUAAAGAUGGAGAUGAUAGUGAUAAAGAUGAUAAAGAUGAUAAAGAUGAUAAAGAUGAUAAAGAUGAUAAAGACGAUAAAGACGAUAAAAGUGAUGAUGAGACCACGAUGGUUAAUGAUCAAAGUGAAAAAGAAAUACCAAUCACUCCAAAUCCAAAUGAAACUACUUUAAAUACCUUGAAUGAGGUUAGUGAGGAAAGUAACGAGCAACAAUUUUUCACUCCAAAUAAUUCAGAAAUACAAUCUCAAACAUUUCCUCAGUUAUCUGAUAUUCCUAAAAUAAACUAUGAAAAUUCAUACGAGAAUCAUUCAAAUUUAAAUAGCCCAACUCUUGAUAUGUUCUGUACCCCUUCUCAAGGAUCUCCUGAAUAUCCAGAACCAACUAUUUUGGAUGAUUCUGUCGAAAGAUUAGGUGCUUACGAUAAAAAUGAUAAAAUUGAAGAUCAACCAGAGUUAAUAAAAGAAGUUCGUAAUUCUUUAAUAAUGAAUGAUAAUGAUGAUCAAAUUGAUUCUGGUAAAGUCAAAAAACAUAUUAUCACAAUUCCAAGAUCCAAUGGUCAAAUUAAUACUGGUAGUAAUCCAAGUACUCCCCAAUCAGUAUUUUUUGAUUUUCAAAAUAAUGAUCAAUUUAAUAAGUUUCUCAAUGAUGAUCAAUACGUCCCUCCUCGUGGUGAUGUUGCGGUAGUUGGUGGUAAAAUUCGAAAACAUGAAAGAUCUGCUUCCUCAAUAAGUUCCUUCAACUCAAUUGUCAAUGGCGAGGGAGCUAGUGAUCGUAAUAGUUCAACUUACGUUUUGUUAUCACCUAGGCAACAAAGUCCUUUAUCUCCUACUUUUAAUAAUCCUGAAAAUUCUCCAAAUAAAUCAUCAAGAUUGGUCAGAGAAAUCAAAAAUGAUGAUCAACCAAAUGACAAUAACGAUGAUGGAAACUCGAAUAAGAAACCAAAAUUAGAUAAGUCACUUCCUUCACCUCAAAAAAUAGUUUCAAUGCUUGAUCCUCCUAGCAUACCUAAGGAUGACAAUAUUACGAAAAUCAAUUCAAACCCUGAUAAGGAGUUACCCUUACCUCCAACUCCAACUCUAAAUGAUUCUUCUUCUUUCAAUUCUUCUACUUUCAAAAGUUUACCACCUUCUACUCCUCAUAAUAAAGCAUCUCCUUUACCUCCACUUCCUUCUGCUGUUGCAUCCCCAUUACCUGCAUUACCUUCUGAUAGCCAUUCCUCAUCACCAAAGAAGAAUAGCUCUGGUUUCAAUAGAUCUAAAUCCUUACCAGGCUUAAACACUUCGAUUAAAAAAAGUGCAUCGGCUGGAAAUUUUAAAACAAUGUUUAAAAAGAUCUUCAUGGGUAAACCAGCAGAAGAAGAAGAAGGAGAAGAAAUAACUUCACCACAAAAAAAUUUGGAUCCUCCUUUAUCCACUACUCCUUCAACUCCAAAGUCACCUGCAUCACCUACUAAACAAUCGAUUAGUGAUGAUUUGUUUAAAAAGAGUGAUGUAACUCAAAACUCUCAAAAUCCAUCAUCUGCCCCAAGUUCACCAUCUAAAAAAUCAAUUCGCUCAGCCAGAAAAUCAUCACUUGCAAGCAAUAGAACAAAUAAUAGUGUUCAUUCAACUCCAAAUCAUAAUAAAUUUAGUCCUAAACUUUUCCUGUCCCCUUUCACUCCACCAACUUCGAGUUUUAAAACAUUUCAUACAAAUGCUGGUGAAAAUAACAAUAACAACAAUACAUCCCAUACCGAGCAUAAUUCACCUGUUAAUUUCAAAAAAUUAGGUGCUUUAAAGAAAAAUUUUUCUUUUGCUAAUUUAAAGCAAUUUGGUUCAAGUACUAAUUUAAGUAAACAAGACACAAAUGAUCAUAAUGAAAUCAAUAAUAACAAAAAUCUUCCUGAAGAACCUAAAACUCCUUUACCGAUACUUGAAGGUGAAGAGAUUGAUACUAGUGAAGAUUUAACAUUGACUAAAUUACCAACAAUUGAAACUGAUAAUCAUUUGUUUGAUGACGUUUUGAUUGAUUUCGAUGAAAAAUUGAACACCGUUGAUGAGAUUCCAAAUGAAAGUGUCAAGAAGAACAAACUGACUACUUUUAUUAAUGAACCAUUUUUGAAAGAUGAUGAAUUGACAAGAGAUCAAAUUGAAGAUCAACAAAAGAAAGAUUUAGUUGAUGGUUCUCAAGAAUCUCUACCAAGAAGUGAUGAAGCAGCAGGUCGAAAUGUUGAAAUUCACCACUCAAGACAUAAUUCUGAUGAAUAUGUUGACGAUAACAUUCGUUAUUUACAACAAGAAUUGGUAUGGCCAAUAGAUAAUGAAAAUGACUUGAGAAGUUCGGAAGAAUUGAGUAUAAUUACAAAAUCAAAUGAGAGUGUACUCAAUUUUGAUGAGACAGAAACUGGUGAAGAGACGAUUCUUGUUGAUAAUGAACAGUUAGUUGAACUUUUCAAUAAUUUAAAUGACUAUCAAAGAAGACGUUUACCAAUGCAUUUAAAACAUAUCAGACAAUUUCAAGACUUUAAAGUCUUGGAAAUUAGUAUCAAAAAAUUUGAAAAUACUUUAAAUUUCAGACCUCCAUUGAAAGAUGAUUCAGAAGCCCAUAAGUUAUUAGAAUCAAUUUUGAAAAAACAAUUGACACAAACAAGCAAAAAUAAUAAAAAAGUUCUGUUUUCAAACAAAAUAUCAAUUAGUGAAACAUUCCCUCCGGAAAUGUACAAACGUUAUAACAAAUCAGUUACUCAAUAUACCUUAACAGAAUCAUUCCAAAUCAAUAAGAUCAAAAACGAAAUGAAUCAAUAUAAAUGUAAUGAAAUGUUGGUUCACGAAAAGUCUCAAAAUAAUACACAUUUCUAUUACUAG